AUGUCCUCCGAACUCCGCCAACGCCAAAAACCAACCCCAUCCAAACCCUCCAAAACCACCAACAAAUCCUCCUCAUCAUCAUCAUCCUCAUCACCCAAAAAUGGCAUCUCCAUCCUAGACAUCAUCCGUGUGCUGGCCACACUCCUAAUCGCCUCGUGCGGUCUCUCCUACUACAUGACCUCAUCCGAAUCCAUCCUCUGGAACUACCGACCCUGGUUCACCCGUUGGCCAGUCCUAGUCCGCUACAUCCAAGGCCCCCUCCUCCUAACCCCCGCCGAACUCUCCCUCUACAACGGCACGGACCCCACCCUGCCCAUCUACCUCUCCAUCAACGGCACCAUCUACGACGUAUCCGCGAACCCGCUCGUCUACGGCGCCGGCGGCCACUACAACUUCUUCACGGGGCGGGAUGCGACGCGCGCCUUCGUGACGGGAUGCUUCAAGGAAGAUCUCACGCCUGAUAUGCGCGGCGUCGAGGAGAUGUUCAUCCCGAUCGAUGAUCCCGAGGAGGAGAAGCGAUUGACUAAUGGGCAGAGGAAGGUGCGGAGAGAGCAGGAUUUGAGGAUCGCUAAGCAGAGGAUUCAUAAGGCCGUGGCGCAUUGGAUGGGGUUCUUUGCGAAUCAUAAGAAGUAUUAUGAGGUCGGGAAGGUCGUGGGACUCGAGGAGGUGGUGAAGAGGGAAGAGGAGGAGGGCGUUAAGAGGGAGCUUUGUACGGCUGCGAGGCAGCAGAGGAUGACGAGGGAGCAGGUUGAGAAGGCGAAGGGGGGGAAAUAG